AUGCCCAUCGCUCAAGAUACCAGCAGCGUUUUGAAGUACACCAAAGUGGUAGAGGAGGCCUAUCCACCCACCAAGGGCUCCGUCAAAGCCGCCGGAUACGAUCUAAAGAGCGCCUACGACGUAGUCGUACCGGCUAGAGGCAAGGCCUUGAUCGAUACAGGACUGAAGAUACAGUUACCCGAAGGAUGCUAUGGCAGAAUAGCUCCUAGAUCCGGAUUGGCCGUGAAGAACUUCAUCGAUGUGGGUGCAGGAGUGGUGGAUGAAGAUUACAGGGGGGUCUUGAAAGUGGUGCUGUUCAAUCACUCCGAUAGCGAUUUCAACGUGAAAUCGGGCGAUCGAAUUGCUCAGCUGAUUUGCCAGAAAAUUUACUAUCCUGAAUUGGUGGAGGCCAAGGAAUUGAGCGACACGGAACGGGGCGAGGGCGGUUUCGGAUCUACCGGUACCAAUUAG